AAGCAUGCCAUUGGCUGAUGUGGAAGUUGGCAUGGCUCUGAAUCACAAACACUACUGAACACUGAAGUAUAUAGAACAAAACGAGUUUAUUGUGUGAAUGUGUUGAGUUGUACGUUGAUGUAGAAAAUAUUUUUCAUACUCAGCAAACCAUUUUUUAUUUUCACGUUGAACUGUUCGGACGGAAUAAAUUUAUUCUCAUACGUACGAUUAACAAGUGUAUGGAAAUUCAAAGAAAGUGCAAAUAAAACCUGUUUGAAUUAAGUGAAAAACAAAAUAUUUAGUUGGAAAUAACAAACAAUUAAUUAAGGAACUGAAAUUAUUGUGUGAAUUAAAGAAAACUAUUUAGUGUAAAAGAAAAAUCAUGCCGCGACCUUCACGGGAACAGUGUGACCAAAAGCCACCAUAUUCAUAUAUUAGCUUAACAGCAAUGGCUAUCUGGAGUAGUCCUGAUAAAAUGUGUUCUCUUAAUGAAAUUUAUAAAUAUAUCACUGACAGAUUUCCUUAUUAUCGAACGAACACCCAACGAUGGCAGAAUUCCUUACGACACAAUUUAAGCUUCAAUGAUUGCUUUAUGAAAGUUCCACGCCGUCCAGAUCGUCCAGGAAAAGGAUCAUAUUGGACUCUUCAUCCAAAAGCUUUCGACAUGUUUGCCAACGGCAGUUUAUUGAGACGAAGAAAACGUUUCAAGCUUCAUAAAACAGAUAAAGAAUAUCUCAAUGAAGAGUUUGCAGCCUUAGCCAACAUGAACCGUUUCUUCACCUCACCCAACGAAUUUUAUCACCAGGCGCCAUUACCACAUCCGCCAGUUGUUGAUAUUCCAUAUAAUACCUCAUCACCCCCGCUUGUUGAUCAAAAUUAUCUCCGCGUAUCACCAUCGAUAAUGCAAGACGAAGAGUUAAUCAAGUUAUCACCAAAACCUGCUUCACCUCCGCUUAAUGUUGUUACUACUGAUAUUGAGCUCGUUAAAAAGCCAAAACGAAAGUUUAAUAUUGAGAGUUUAAUUGAAAUCGAACCUGAUGAAAACGCUAACAAGAAAAUUAAAGUCGACAGAUUGGAGAGUAGUUUUUCAUUACUAAAGCAACAGAUAGUUGCGUCUGGUUUACAUAACGGAACCAUUCCCAUUGAUAUUCAUGAACUGCAUCACCAUCAACAACAAGUUCAACAUCAACAUCAACUGCAACUUCUUAGACAAUUUUCUAACUAUGAAAUUCCACCACUUCAUCCCCUUAUAAUGAUGUCGCCGUUGGCAAUGAAAUUAGCUACAAAUUCAAUUGCACCACCUCAUCCCUAUCUUCAUCACUACCAAAAUUUACGAUUCGAUACACUAACUAAUCGAAUUGGUCUCAAUCCAUCGCACAUGGCAAUUGUAUAAACAGUCAUUGAGUGAUUCCAGGCCACCAACGAUGACUAACAGUAAUAGCAAGGGACAACAAAUGAGUGGCAAGUAGUGAAACUGUUCAGCUUUAUAAAAUUGAGAAAUUUGAGAAUAAUUAAGGAUUUUAUUGUUUAAAAUGAAAGAAUCAUAAAACGUUCAUUGAGUGAUCUUAAAGCAAAAUAUAAUUAAUAUCAGAAAUGCUUAAAGAAGUGCAAUUGAUGGUUAAAAAAUCAUCAACCUAAACACGGGUCAUUAAAAAAACUUUUUAUUUACUGUAAUAAUCGUGACGUGAUUAACACGAAUUAAAUUAAGUUCACGUAAAAGUUUUAUCCGUAAAAUUGUUUGUGAAUUGUGUUAAAUGUUUUCUCAACUUCAUUGUGUAGCAAGAAUUUUUUGUGUUUUAUUUUUUUGCUUCUUUAUUCAUUCAAUAUCAAAAAUUAACGUGGGCUGCUAAGUUAUCUCAUCUGUUGCUCAUCACAAUUUGUUAAAUUUCGCACAUUUUCACACUCGAUGAAAAGACAAAUUCGUUCUCAAUGAAUGUUAAUGAAGUUUGUAACCAUUUUAAAACAAAUAAAAAAUGAAUUAUAAAAACGUUAAUUAAGCAAA